CCCCGCCCGCGCCGCCGCCGGGGGCCUGCCGGGGAUUCGCGGCCGCGCAGCGUUGGCAACGCGAUGUCGGCGCUGGAGUGGUUCGCGCACAAGCCCCUGGGCGGUGGCAUCUUCUGGAUCCAGGAACGCUUCUACGAGUCGGGCAACCGGGCCAACAUCUGGCUGGUGCGGGGCUCGCAGCGGAACGUGGUGAUCGAUGCGGGGCUGGGGCUGCGCAGCUUACCCGACUACCUGCGCGACGCCGGGCUGCUGGCGCCGGCCGARGGCGCCGGGCCGCGGCCGCUACUGGCCGUGGCCACCCACGUCCACUUCGACCACUCGGGCGGGCUGCAGCACUUCGAGGAGGUGGCGGUGCACAGCGCCGAAGCGCCGGCGCUGCUGCAAGGCGACAACUACGAGUCCGUGACGUGGCUGUCGGACCGGGAGGUGGCGCGGCCGCCGCGGCCCGGCUGGAGCGCACGGCAGUUCCGCGUGCCGCCCGUGCGGCCCAGCCGCCUGCUGCAGGAGGGGGAUGUGAUCAACCUUGGAGAUCAUCAGCUCACUGUCAUGCACAUGCCUGGUCAUUCACGAGGCAGUAUUUGCUUGCACGACAAGGACAGGAAGAUCCUGUUCAGCGGAGAUGUGGUGUAUGAUGGAUCCAUGAUCGACUGGCUUCCCUACAGCAGAAUCAGCGACUACGUUGCAAGCUGCCAGCGCCUGAUGGACUUAGUAGACAGAGGUCUUGUGGAGAAAGUACUACCUGGGCACUUCAACAUAUUUGGGGCCGAAAGGCUGUAUCAGUUAGCUUCCAACUACAUUUCCCAAGCUGGAUUUUGUCACAAGAUUUCUACCUGUGUCAUGAGAUCCAUUGCGAGCGUAGCACUUCGUGUUACAAAUUCGAGAAUCACUUCUCAGUGACAGUCAAUUUUGUGUGAUUUGUCACCUGCUGUAAAACUAAAUGGGUUGUGAAAGCAUCAAUAGCAAACAAAAGCAGUAUGCAUUAGCAAAAAGAUGGCAAAUUGAUACAGGUGAGUUUCGAAAAUUCCCCCUAUUUUUUCCUGCUUUAUUUAUAUUUUUAUAAAAACUGUGUGAACUACUAGCUUUUGCCAAAGCUAAAGCUUUUCUUUAUAUUUUUCAGGGCAUGUUUGCACAUGUAUUGCGAUUGAAAUAAUUGUUUUAUUUUUGUUUCAACUCUUGACAGAUAGAUAUAUGCUUAAGUGUGAAGUUUUACAUUCACGACUGAAACUUUGUUGAUGUAGUACUAGACUUGUGAUUAUUCAUCAACUCCUGCUCAGGUAGGAACCUAAUAGAGCUCUUGCUAAAUACUAGUGUGUGCURGGGUCCAAGCAGGAGCAUAACAUGACUCUGGUCACAGAGAAAUAAUUCUGCAGCCAUUGCCACCUGUGAGCAUCGUGUCUGCUCACCUCUCAUCACCUGAACUUUUAUCUUUGCAAAGUAUCUAUCUGCAGUUUCUUUAGAAUACACUAAUGUAUAGACCACUAGUGUAUAGACCUUCUAUAGACCAAACUUCCAAGCAGAAAGUCAGGUACAUCAGUUUACUCCAAAACUUUUUGGCGCAGACAGAUGCUUGAGGCAUUUGUGUUUCCUGGUGUGGUGCAAGGAACCACUGCACCAGGAGAGAGGGAACAAGCAGGAGCACUCUCACCAUUGGCUAGGGAACUAUUUUACUUGUAGGCAUGUGAGUUAGAGAAUUUGUGAAUUAAUUAAUUAAUGUGUUAGACUAGCCUGUACAAAGUGGAUUUAUUAUAGAGUAUGUUCUGAAUAUUUGAGAGAAGUGGACUGUGUCAAUCUUAAAGGUUUU